AUGCCCGGAUUCGAAGGAAGGCCAGAUGGCGCUGAUGCGCCCAAGGACUGGCAUGAAGAAACCAACCAGCUCCCGUCCUUUUACUCUCCGAAAACGAAGCCCCUCGACGGCCCCUCCGACAAUGCCUCGGCCGCCGUCGCGAACUCGGAGCCCCAGCAAUUGGACCUAUCCAACCCCGCCGUCGCCUCCGUGAGAGCCGAAGACGACGACGCCGCCUCGACCACCUCAGGCGCCCAGAUCCCGCCGCCCUCCCUGCUGUCUCCCGCCUUCACGCCGCCCGCGACACCCGGCACCUCGACUCCCCUCACCGGCGAGGCCCCGCGUGGCGUCCCCGUCGACAGCUCCGUGCCCACCGGCGGCUGCGGCACCAAGCGGCCGCGCCUCCUCGAAACCCUGCCCGAGGUCCAGUGCAUUGUGCGGGCGCGCAUCCCCACCGUCAACGGCACCGAGAUGUUCCUGCACCUGUACCAGAACAACGUCGACAAGAAGGAGCACCUGGCCAUCGUCUUCGGCCCGCACAUCCGGAGCAGUUCGCUCGACGCGCCGCGCCCGGGCGAGACCGAGAUGGACCGCAUGAUCCGCGGCGCCUACACUGGCCGUCUGUUUCCGGGACGUUCGACGAGCGGAAUGUCCGGCGGUGUCGCAACCCCCGUGGCCGAGGAGCCGCCCGCGCAUCGCGGCCCGCCGCUCGUGCGCAUCCACUCUGAGUGCUACACAGGCGAGACGGCCUGGUCGGCGCGGUGCGACUGCGGCGAGCAGCUCGACGAGGCGGCCCGGCUUAUGAGCCUGCCCGGAAACACUAGCGGCGGCAUCAUUAUCUACCUGCGCCAGGAGGGCCGCGGCAUUGGCCUCGGCGAGAAGCUCAAGGCGUACAACCUGCAGGAUCUCGGCUCCGACACAGUCGAGGCCAACCUGCUGCUGCGCCACCCAGCCGACGCGCGCAGCUACGGCCUCGCGACGUCGAUGCUACUAGACCUCGGCCAGCACGAGGUGCGCCUGCUCACCAACAACCCGGACAAGAUCCGGGCGGUGGAGGGGCCGAACCGCGAGGUCCGCGUGACCGAGCGUGUGGCCAUGGUGCCGCUUUCCUGGAAGGGCAGGGGCGGGUUCCGGAGCAACGAGGUGGAGGGAUACCUCAAGACAAAGAUUGAAAAGAUGGGACACAUGCUCGACAUGGGCGGCAUGCCGUCGUGA